ACUAGGUGAAUCGUUUGUUGUGAUCAAUGUUGAACGAAUUGCAUCCUUUUUUAAUACUCGAUAUUUUCUCCGUGAGAAAGAGACAAUGUUACACAAUAAAUAAACGUAAUUACGGAUAUAAAUGACUGAAUUAAUAGCUCACAAGUACGUUAUGAUGCACAAUAAUAAUGGAUCAUAUGGCAGCGCGAGUGAUCUGCUGGACAGCCAUGUGCUGGGGCGCGACAAGCAGGAGGAACCCGCCAUGGAGCGAUCUACGAGGUCCAGCCUUGACGCCAACAGUGUUGACAUCGGUGAAAUAACGGAAUCUCCUGAUACGGAGUAUAUGAGUACGUCUGCUAUUCUACACUAUUGUAAAUCUAAGAUAUUGCUUCCUUACCUCAAACUUUUAACAAUAAUGGGAUUGCGACCAGUCGUCGAUUCGUCAAAUUCCUCAAGAGUAGCUAUAUGUUUGUCACACUUCCACUCUGCGCAAGUUGCAGUAUUUAUGUGUUUAGGAUACAUUCUUCAGUACAUGGCAUGUUUCAGGCGAGACCGGGGUUUCUGCUACAAGCUGGUGCCGCUAGCGCUGGAGUCUUCGAUGGAGUACGAGACGUACAAGCAAGUGUGCUACGGGAACGUGACGCUGACGUACAUCGGGCCGAGCAUACUGCACUUCCUGGGGUUCCUCUACGCGCUCUACUUGUUUAGAAUAUCCGAUAAUGAGCAACUCCAGAAUCUUAUGGAAAGGGUAUUCCUACUAUCGUCGUAUACACAGCAGGGCGUGGCUUCUGCCAACCCCAAGCGGCUCUUACGUCUGCUAUGGGCGUUCAUCAUACUGAGCGUGUUGUGGAUGUGCAUGUCGCUCUGCUCCGUCAACCUGAUGAUGGCCGAGGGAACCAUCAUGUUCCGGUGGAUGGAACAGAGUUCGAAACAAACAUUAUUAAUCCUGAAGAUCCUACUCGUGGCCUGCACGCUAGUCCACGACAUGGUUCAAGCGACCAUCAUCACGAGCUACUGCCUGCAAGCUCAGUUAUUGCAAGCGCACCUCAUGUACCUCAAGGAGCGGCUGCUCAACCGCUCGACCACGCCGCUUAACUGGAUGCGAGAAAUCGCCGAAUUCCAGAAGCUUCUCAAGUACCUAAACGACGACCUAGCACCAGCGGUAUGCUUGUUCACGAUCGUGAACAUCUCGUGGGUAGCGUCAGGUGCUAUGUGGAUGUACAGCCUGGAUAAGGUGGAUACGCAGACGGAGCCCAUCGUUGGGAUUAGUCUACUGAAUUUGCUGCUGUGGAUCUUCGCGGCGAUUGUGCCCUUUAUACAGGCAGCCCGCCUCUCAAAAGAGUGCCGGCGGACAGAGAGCGUAGGCCACGAGCUCUGCGUCCGUCCGUUCCUGCACCAGGACACGCCACACGAAGACGUUGCAGCCGUACUUAUGUACUCCACUACACUGAGACUAAGGGCCAAGUUGUUCCACCAUCCUGUUGCUGGACGAUAUCUGUGGCUGAUGCUUACUAUCACAUUGGUAGGGCUGUUCUCACUGGGAAUGUGCCAUUACAUAUAACGACUCGGUCUUCCCACAAUACGAUUCAUUUCGCUUCAGUGAUACUACCACAGCCAUCCUACUGUUGGUCACGCUCUACUGGUACCCAGAAAGAAAGAAAGAAAGAAGAAAGAAAGAAAAAGCAUUUAUUAGCACAAAAUACAUAUCAAUAACUAUCUAAAACUAAAACCAAACAAACCAAAAAAUUAUAAGUUGCGCUAAAUGGUCCUUACUCAGCUAGGUGUCACGGUAUGCGCCACAUGGCACACUCCGCAACGCUGGUUUUCUGUAAGGCCUAGAAGAUGGACUAGGCACUAAGUAAAUGGACUAUGUACAAUUUAGACGACACUAAGAAACUAAAUAACAUAAAAGUCUUAGAAUGUGUGUGAGUGUGCACGGUUGCCUAAGUGUUGCUUUUCUGCUUAGCCAGUAUGAAUUUGCGAAGAUGAAUUUUGAAUGUGGACACGGUUUUAGAAUUACGUACUGGUGGUGGCAAAUCAUUCCAACACUUUGUGGCAGCGAAACGGAAGCUGCCA